ACAAGAAGACAAAAAAAACACAAAUAUACGAAAUCUCUUAUUUCACCAUUUCAUUUGAUUCUUGAAGAUCUCUACUGGAAAUGGAUGCAAGGAAGAUUAAACUUCACGUUUUAUUACUGUCGUUCUUACUCAUCUCCGAAGUUCCUUUCAUUGUUGGGUUGAGUAUGAGAGACUCUACUAGAUUGGAGCCGGAAGCAUCUCACGGCGGAGACUAUCCGUCAAUGAAGAGCAGGAAGUUGAUGGUUACAAACUUGGAAGUUGAUUAUUCAGGUGAUUAUUAUGAUGAUAAAGCACCACCAUCACCACCAGUACCUGAUUAUGAUGAUAUCUAUAGAAGGCAAGGUGAUGUCCCAAGCCCCGGUAUUGGCCAUUGAUACAUAUCAUGUGUAUACACACACACAAAUACACAUUUUGCGUUAUAUAUUUAUACAUAUACAUGUUGUUUAUAUAUGUUUUUUCUAAAAUGUCGUCUCCGUAUAUGAUCAUUUUUAUGUUGCUUUUUCUUCAUUUUUGAUAUUUUCAUUUUUUUUUGCUCGUCUUUUUUAUUUUAUUUUAUUUUUUUAAAAUGGUGCCCUCACCUAUUGAAUUGUCUCACUUCUUCGUGUCGUUAGGAGCUUCUUGUAUGUAUGUAAUAAUACAUUACAUAAUACAUAUGGUAAACAUGCAUUAUUUCUGUUGU